AUGGACCAAGAAGAUAAACCCAAGCUUUUCACAGACAUUCGAGAUAUCCUUUACCUUUGGAUUCAAAACGAUGGCGCAACAAAGACUAACGGGCUAGUCAGCGGCGACCGUGUACUGUACACAAUCCAAAAUGCCUCUCAAGAGAAGGGUGGCUGGGAGGGUUGGGCUCAAGUCGAGAUCGCCCACUUCAUCAAGUCAAGCUACCCAAAUCUGAGAGUUACUCGCGAGGACGGUGUCUAUGAUGGCAAUACCAAGCGAUCAGAUCUCGUUCUGCAGAAUGGCUCCGGUAUCCGCACCAUCAUCGAGCUCAAGUGCGAGCGCGGCAACGUGUCCAGCCCAAAGUGGAUUGUGGACGAGGUCAUCAAAGACGCUGAAAAGCUUCAGAAGACACUGAGGGACGAGUUUCUGCCAGCCAUAUAUUACGCAGUCGGCAUCGCAGCCACGAAGGGUGCAGAUAAAGAGAUCCAGAGCGCUCUCGAUACUGGCAAGAUUCCGCGCACGGGGUUCUAUUGUAAGAAUUCCAAGAUCUAUGUGUUCUGGGCAGAGAGUCAGGUCGCUUGA